CGUCCUGAAGAGGGCGCUACUGCGGCAGAAUGAAAGCCAAGCAGCUCUUCUAGCAGAAGAAGCCGGUAGCAGCACAAGAAGAAGAUAUCAGCCCUGUCAUGUAAUAACAACAUGACCAAGGUUAUCCUGAAGAAAGAGACUGAUAUGAAAAUAUGAACACCGUUUGACAAAGACAGAGUGAUUUACCUCGUUCAUGAUGAGUCCAGUCCCGGGUUUGUUGUCCUCCGCUGCCCGAAGCUUCAGCCUGUCGUGUCCGGCCGCAGGUCUGCUGUGCUGCCGGCUGCGGGGCCCCGGCUCCGGCACAAGAAGAAACAUGUCCUCCAAAAGGCAAAUGGACCAUCUGGAGAGAACAGCGAGCAACACCAGACAAAAUGCUCUGUAUCCAGCUCAAGUAUGCGGCAUCAUAAAUGAGUCAGAGACGGUGAAACGUUUGAGACUAGCUGUCGAUCCAGACUUCAGCUUCAAAGCGGGACAGUGGGUGGAUUUCUUCAUCCCCGGCGUGGAAACUGUUGGAGGUUUCUCUAUGUGCUCCAGCCCGGGUUUGCUGCAGAGGGAAGGCAUCGUUGAACUGGCCGUCAAAUACGCCAAACACCCCCCAGCGCACUGGGUCCACACCACGUGCACAGUGGGCUCCGAGGUAGCCAUGCGUGUCGGCGGGGACUUCUUCUUCGACCCGUCUCCGUCUGACCCCUCCGUGGAUCUGCUGCUGGUGGCCGGCGGUGUAGGGAUCAACCCCUUGUAUUCUAUCCUGUUGCACACCUCAGAUCUGCUGCAUAUCAACCGUGCUUCUGGUGGACGGGAUUACAACAUAGGCUCUGCCCACCUCUGCUACAGCGCCAAGAACACCCAGGAGCUGCUCUUUAAGAACUCCAUCACUGAGGUGUGUCGGGAGUUCCCUGACAAGUUCUCCUGUGAUUUCUACGUCACACAACCAAGCACAGAUGUUGACCUGAACCUCCAACCAUUUCUCAGCCGCGGGCGAAUCACAGAGGAGGAGUUGCGGGCUCGUGUAGACCCUCAGAGGACUUUGUGUUUCCUGUGCGGGCCCCCGCCCAUGAUUGAAGCGAUUUCAAAAACCCUCAUGGACUUUGGCCUUCCAAAAGACAGAAUCCUCUUCGAGAAAUGGUGGUAGAAUCUCUCAUUACUCCCAGAAACCUACAGGGGUCUCCUCCUGGCUGUGCUCCUUUUUGCAGUAUUUAGGGGGGGCUAUUUAUGGGGUGUGGUGAGAAUGAAGAGCAACUGAAAUAUUCCAGGGAUGUGGACGUUUUAAUACGAGUGCUCGAUUGCUCGAGGAAGUUCAGCGUCGGAUCCCUGCUGCUGCAACCUGUGCCUGAUCUGCGAUAGACCACUGGGACCGCCCACUCGUCAGCUAGCAGCUGACUCACAAAGACAGUAGAGAUGAGUUUUAUUUCUUAUACAACUGAGCAGACUAAAAUUCAACCAUGGCAAGAUACUUUUGGGCUCACUGCCUUGCUGAAUAACGCACAAAUCUUUGUGUAUCACAAACACUUUGUGACACAAAGUGAAGAUGUUACACAUCCUCAUACCUGUCUCAUUUCAUGCCUCAAGUGAUGUUUAGUUAUACUCCAAUUCUUUACCUAAAUAUUUCUGCACUCAUGUAUCAAUGCAAGCAAGUCUUAAAACAAUAAUUUGACAUUUUUGGAAUUACUUAUUCGCUUCCUCACCAAGACACAGAUGAGAAGAUUAACACCUUGGGGCGGCAGUAGCUCAGCCCAUAGGGCCGGCUUAGGAACCAGACUGUGAGUAUGGACUGGAGAGAUGCUAGUUCCCCUCUCCACCUCUUGCACUAACAAGGUGCCCUUUGAGCAAGGCAUCUAACUGCUCCUAGGGCACUGCUAUGCGGCUUCUUGUAACUGUUCGCUAAAUCUCAGUAACAGUACCAGUAGCUUAGCUUAGUGUAAAGACUAGAAACGAGGAAACAGCUGGCCUGGCUCUGUCCAAAGUGAAUAUAGUUCAGUUAACACCACCUCUGAAAUGUGAAAAGUACACAUUGUGGUUUAAUGGGGGAGAUAUAUUGUAUUAAAUCAUGAGCUUUAUGCCAAUUUUGCACACUUAGAAUAGAGCCAGAUGGGUGUUUCCCUCCCUUCCCAGUCUUUAAGCUAAGACUGGUCAGCUGCUGGCUUUAGCUUGGUAGAGACAGAUGUGAGUGUGGUAUUGAUCUUCUCCUCUAGCUCUCGGCAAGAAAGUGAAUUUCUUAAAAUGUGAAACUGUUGCUUUAAAGUAUCUAGGAUAUAGAGAAUCAGUGCAAACAAUAGCAGAACUGUGCUUUUAUUUUACACUGUACAUACGUGUUUUAAAGAGUGACUCAUUUUCUUCUCUCAAAAUACCUCUGCUUUGACAAAAUGUGUUAAGUUUUUUUUACUGUGUGUGUGUGUAUAUACUUAGUGAAAUAACUCAGCUAUUUAUUUGCAGAACUAAAGAUUUUACUUUGCUGAUGAGUUUGAGUUACACCGGACAAACCUACUGUCCCUCAGCCAGUACACCUGCCUGUUUCACUCACUCUCAAAACGUUCCAUACGUACAUGAUGCCUAUCUCACAUCCACACUUCUAUUACACAUCCACAUGCCUAUAAACGGUUUCUCAUCCCCGGGUGGAGUGAGUAUCCCACAGCGCACUGUAAUGGAACCUCCAGGUGGUCUCUGGUUGGCUUGGAUCACUGAACAUCCCUCGGAGAUGGUUGCGAGCUUCUUGUUGUCGUCUCUCAGCGGGGGGUCGCGCUGUCGAGACUCAUUUUCGAGUUGUUUCUGCAUUUCUUCCUCAUGAGGAAAAACAGUUUAUUACGUGAUGUGAGAUUUAAAGGAAAUAAAGGAAAUGGAGUCAA